AUGGCUGUGGUAGCACCUGUGCUUGCCCUUCAGGACAAUGCAACUGCAGGUAGCCAAGCACCCUUCUUCCUCCGAGCAGAUGAGCUCCCACAGCAAGGUAACUCCAACAUGUCGACUUCACCUCCACUCGCAUCACGAAUCCAAGGCGCAAUCUACGGGCUCGCCACAUGCGACGCCCUCGGUGGGCCAGUCGAGUUCCGCAAACGCGGUUCCUUCCCCAAGGUGAUCAGCAUGCAACCCAACGACAAUUUCGGGCUGGUCGCGGGCUGCUUCACCGACGACACAUCCAUGGCGCUGUGCCUGGCUCACUCGCUCGUCGAGAACAACGGCAAAACCGACACGGCGGAUCAAGUGCAGAAAUACAUCGCGUGGUGGCAGCGAGGCUACCAGUCCUCGACAGGGAUGUGUUUUGACAUCGGCAUGUCGACGAUGGGGACGCUGGACAGCUGGAACGAUCAGCUCAAUCAUGCCGAAUUCGACACCUUGGCACCGAACUCGGCAGCACGGGCAGCGGUGGUGACUGAGAUCCAGCGACAGAUCACCGCCAACUUCGGCCGACCAGUUUUCUGCGGAAACGGCAGCCUGAUGCGACUGAUACCCGUCUCGCUGGUUGCGCGCAGCGAGACCGAGGCCGUGGAAUUGGCCAAGGCGAGUUCUCUCCCGACUCACCCUCACCCGCGCUGCUUCCAGGCUUGCGGUUUAUACGCACCACUGGCAUACAAGGCGCUGAAUGGCACAUCCAAAGAUGAGCUAGCCACAAGUCUGGCGACCUCGAUAGUCGCGCAAUCAAAUCAACUAGAUCCCGUCCUCAGAGAGCGGCUACAGAACUACCACACGCGGCAAGAUUGGCAGACCCAACCGUCGGAGAACAUCCGCAGUUCGGGGUACGUGGUCGAUAGCAUAGAAGCGGCGCUCUGGGCAUUCUUCAGUACCGACACGUUCGAGGAGGGCGCCAUUGCGGCGGUGAAUCUAGGUGAUGAUGCAGACACAAUCGGUGCCAUUUACGGAGGGUUGGCUGGUGCGUUCUACGGUAUUGAAACCGUGCCGAAAGCGUGGCGGGACGCGAUGCAGAGGGUGGAUCUUCUGGAAGAUGUUGUGAGGAAGCUGAUCGCUCAUCAUGAGAAGACUUGA